UACCCUUCAAGGGAAAAACCUCAGUUUGGAUGGACAACAAUAGUGGAGCGUCCGUGGGAGACUGGCGGCCGGUGGAGUGCCAUAGAUGACGGCAGAUCGGUCUUUGUGAGUGUUGAAGCUCCGUCUACUACAGCGUCUUUGUCUCCUCAAAAUCGAUAAUGGUCGUUGCUCAGAAACCCUAGCCUUCCCCUCGUCUGACGUCUUCUCGCGCCGGAUCGUCGAAUUCGUCUGUCCUCUCCUCUUCUUUUUGCAGGAUGGUCCGAUGAGGGGCUUUUCAAGUUUGCCCGCACACUGUUUCAAAAUUUGUUCCUACAGGGUUUAGGGUUUAAAAUGCAUGGAAAAUCUUUGUUCUUAGGCCUAAAUCGAUACCUCAACUUUAACCCAAUUUUGGGAAUACAUGUUCUCGAUCACAAGGAGUUAGCUUCUACAUGGGUCUUGGUGAGGCACAAAUCUAGUGGUGGAAUGAGACCUAAGAGAAAAAUAUAUUACAGAGUUGGUGAACUUGACAAAGUCAUGGACUUUCAGAAAAAGCCAUCUCUUAUACUAAGGCUUAUAAACAUUAUUCAAUCUCAAAAACACAAAUUUGUACUUCUACGGGACUUGGAGAAAGAAGUCGGAUUUGUGCAGAAAUGGAACUUCAUGGCUGUUAUUGAGAAGUACCCUUCUAUAUUUUACGUCGAUUCUGGAGGUAGUAGAACCCCCCCUUAUGUUAGGCUAACCAAUAAAGCUGAAAAGAUUGCUAGUGAAGAAGCUAAUGUUAGGAGUGCAAUGGAACCCGUCUUAGUAAAGAAUUUGAGGAAGCUGUUAAUGUUGUCAGUUGAUUGUCAAGUACCGCUUGAAAGUAUUGAAUUCAUUGCUUCUGAAUUGGGUUUGCCUUGUGACUUCAAAACUUCAUUAAUUCCCAAGUACCCUGAAUUCUUUUCAGUGAAGGAAGUUAAUGGUAAAGCCCACCUCCAGUUGGAAAAUUGGGAUUCUUCACUCGCAAUCACCGCUCGAGAGGGAAGAUUUGCUGAAGUUGGAGCGGGAGCUAUGGCAUCUCGUGUGUGUGGAAAAAGAGUUAGAAUCUCAAAAGAUGGUAACUUUGCUGGUCCAUUUGCAUUCAAAAUGUGUUUUCCUCCAGGCUUUAGGCCAAACAUGAGUUAUCUUGAGCAUCUUGAAAGGUGGCAGAAAAUGGAGUUUCCUUCACCCUACUUGAAUGCGAGGAGAUUUGAUGCUUCUGAUCCAAAGGCCAGAAAGAGAGUGGUCGCAGUUCUUCACGAGUUUAUGAGCAUGACGACGGAAAAGAGAAUGACAUCAACACAAUUGGAUGCGUUUCACCGAGAGUUUCUUCUACCAUCAAAACUUUUGCUAUGCUUAUUAAAUCAUCAUGGGAUCUUCUACAUUACUAAUAAAGGUGUGAGGAGUACAGUAUUUCUGAAAGAAGCUUAUGAAGGAUCAACUUUGACUCAGAAAUGUCCCUUGCUAUUGCACUCUGAUAGAUUCCUUUCACUUUGCGGUAGAAGGGACAUGAGUUGCAAUUCACCCCAAGUUAGUUUCUAGUCUUAUACUUAUUUGUUAGAAGGAAAAAGAAAAAAAGCUUCCUCAUUGGAUUUCCCAAUAUCCCAAAGAUGUGUAAUUAGGUUAACUUUUAAAAAAGAAUACACUAGGUUGGUUGCCUUCACCACACAAAUAAAAAAGAAAAAGAAAGCUGUCCAUAUGACCAACUUCAAGAUUUUGGAAGAGUCGUGUUCUGAACCGAAAAUGUGGCUAUGUAGAGAGUUGCUUUGCUGAUUUUUAUGAGUAUUUGAGCAUAUGUUAAUAGAAAAUUUUUGUAUCUAAAGAAUAUUGGACUAUUGUAGAAACAAAAGUGAAUGAAUCAACCCUAGUAGUUAUCCUAUUAGAAGCA